AUGUCUCUUUGCUCCGAGAUCCAUGAGCCACCAUACAGAGUCCAACAGAGAGGGGACUCAAAGGCCCACUCCGUGCGGAAGCGCAUCAUCAUCUGCUGCGACGGAACAUGGCAAUCUGCCGUCUCAGGCAAGAAAAAUGUCCCAUCUAAUGUGACGCGUCUCUGUCGUGCUCUGAACAGUGUCGGAACCGACGAACACGGGAAUCAAUGGCAGCAAAUAGUCUGGUAUGAUUCCGGAAUUGGCACGACCUCAGGUUUUUUGGGACAAAAACUCGAAGGCGCCAUUGGCCUAGGCCUGGAAGGGAAUGUCAUCGAAGCGUAUAACUUCUGUGUCCUGAACUACAGACCGGGCGAUCAGAUUAUGUGUUUUGGUUUCUCGAGGGGUGCGUACACGGCCCGCGCCAUUGCCGGUUUGAUCUCCGAUAUUGGUAUUUGCAGUAAACAAGAUUUGAACCGGUUUCCCGAUCUCUGGGAGGUCUAUAAGAAAACCACGCCCGGCGAGCGGUUCUAUUGCAGUGACCUCUGGUUUGAGUGGAUGGAUGGAAAGGCGGAUGAGAAUCAGGGCGCUCGAGGCGAGACUUUCGUAUUUGAAAAGCGUCCCGAGGGCGACUGGGCCCAGGAAGGGUCAAGGGAUGUGGAAGUUGUUGGCGUCUAUGAUACAGUCGGCGCUAUUGGAAUGCCGGAGGUACUGGGGAUGAAGCUGCCAUCUUGGCUCACGUGGUGGUUGGCUAAGAGCGGGUGGGAGAAUGUUGGACUUUCACCUAAUGUCAAACAUGCAUUCCAGGCUUUGGCUCUCGAUGAACAUCGCAACGCCUUUUCGCCUACUCUGUGGUAUCUCCACAAGCUUGGAAAUGUCACUUCAGAGCAGAUACAAACCCAGAAGAGUAUGGUCGACCAGCAAGCACAAAAAUGGGACAAUCUCUUGCAAGACGCAAUCACCCUCAAGGGUAGCGGCAGGGCUAGUGAUGAGGACGUCAACAACGCAGCCCGAAAACUUAAUGAAACCGCCAGAGCCUUGAAUCAGGAGACCCGAAAGCUCCUGAAGCUGGAAGAUGACCACAAGCACCAGCACCAUCCCCGAACAUUGACACAAGUGUGGUUCCCCGGCUAUCACGUUAAUAUCGGCGGAGGCUCGGAUGAAACACUCAAAAACGAGGGCAACAUGGAAGAAAUGUCUAAUAUCACCUUCUCUUGGAUGCUAGACCAGAUCAAACCCUACCUGUCGCUCAACGAGGAUUCUCUCUCCGAGGAAAGAGAAGAGAGGGAAUACCACAUUUCAACAAUUGUCGAAAACACGGUCCACGAUGAGUCAUUGGGAAGCUGGGCUCAACGCAAGGUUGCAGCUAUAGCCUCGGCUUUCAAACUCAAACAGCCCCCCACGUCUUCUGUCGAGUCUGUGGACAAGCGACGCAGCUAUGGCUGGGGAACAGGGCCUCUGGAAGACAGCUUUACUGCAUUUUACUACGCCAACGGGUCGGCGAGGCGCAGACCUGGAAACUAUGCCCCUUUCGACAAAGAGGGAAAUCUGCUGGGAGAGAGUUUUGAGUUCAUCCAUCCAGUGGUGGGAUUUAGGGAGAAGCAGAUCAAAGACUACACGCCGAUUGGGCGUGGUGUCAAGUUUGACCGUAGGAAGGUGGUUGACGAGAAUGGCCGCCCUGGUUAUGUCUAUGAUAUGGGAGAUGCGCGCAAUCCCUUGCCCGAGUGGCGUUUAGGAGGAAUUGACUCUUAUGAGAGGCUCGCCAUCACCGGCAAGGCCGCAUAUGAUUAUGUCGACGAACUUGAUCUGUACUUGAAGACUGGGAUCAAGACAUACCGCCAGUCUGUUCGGGAAGUUGGGGAUAUUGACCUUGGGAUUGAAGUGCCUAAAGCUGGGGACUUGCAACGGGGAGAUUUCAAAUUAGAGAAAUCUCAACAGAGAAGUCUCCAAUCGACGGGCCUUGGGACCAAGGAUAUGCAAUGGAGGAGCUCAGAGGUUUCAUACACCGGCGAGACAGUCACUGCGACGUGA